GACAGGCGUCACUCACGCGUUAGAUCACAAUCUCCAAAAAUAAAUAUAUAAUCCAAACACCAACAAUUUAUAGUAGAGCGUAGGUCCUUGGUACUCCUACUAAAAAGUAUAAACGGCAUAUACACGUUAGUAACUGUCACACACACACACGUAAGCCUAGCUGAUACACACACACGUACGUAGCUAUCACACGCAAACACACAUACACAUACACAUACACACAGCAUGGGCGCAGUCAAAGCAGCCAAGAAGGGCAAAGCCUCUAAGAUCAAGGUGGUGGUUGAGGCGCCACCCAGCGACUCGAGCUCGAGUGACUCCUCUGCUGAGGAAAGCUCUAGUGACAGCAGUUCUUCAGAUAGUGAGGAUGACGACGGUGAUGUGAAGAUGGACGAUGCUAAGACAGCUGAGAAGGCUGAUAGCGAUAGCGAUAGUAGUAGUAGUUCUGAUUCAGAUUCAGAUUCGGGGUCUGACUCGGACUCGAGUGACGAGGAGGUGGUGGAGAAGAAGGAGAUGCCUGCGGUAACUAAGGCAACCAAGAAAACCGAGGCAAAGGCGGACAUCGGCAGCGGCAGUGAUAGUUCAAGCUCAGACUCAAAUUCAGACUCAGAUGCUGAUGCAGAUACAAAGACGAAACCGACUACAAAGGCAAAGCAAACCCCUGCGAAGCAGGUUACGAAGAAGGCCUCCUCAUCCUCGUCAUCAUCCAGUAGUUCGUCUAGUUCAUCCCCGUCAUCGAGCGAAAGUAGCUCGAGCGAAAGUGACAGUGACGGUGACAGCAAGAAGAAUUCCAAGACUAAGACGGCUGCACAGGCCAAGGCGACGCCGGCUAAGGCCGCUGUUGUGAAGAAGGACAGCUCCAGCUCUAGUAGCUCAGAUGACAGCGACAGUGAUACGAGUGAUAGUGAUGCAGAGGAGGAGAAGCCCGUGGCAAGUAAGCCUGUGGCCAAGAAGGCUGAGGUUAAGGCCAGAACGCCAGCGGGCGAUAGCUCAGACUCCAGUAGUUCUAGUGACUCGGGUAGUGGGUCUGAUAGUUCCAGUAGCAGUGACAGUGAUAGUGAUAGUAGUGAUUCAGAAGAGACAAAGAAGAAGCCCAGCGCCAAGCGUGCUGCCGAGAGUGCACCUUCUGAGGAACCCAAGCCCAAAAAACAGGUCAAGGUAGACCCCGUGGCGGAGGAGGCUAAACCACCCCUGUCGCUGUUUGUUUCGGGAAUCAGCUGGAACACCACCGAAGAGGGCUUUACGCAGUUCUUUGUGGAUUAUAACAUCCCCAUUGUGUCCACACGACUCAUGUACGAGAGUGAUACCGGCCGUAUGAAGGGCUAUGGGUAUGUGGAUGUGGUGGAUAAUAAGGCUAAGGAGAUGUGCCUGGCGCUAGAGAAGCCCGAAUUAGACGGCCGGUGGCUCAAGUUUGACCCCGCGAACGCACCUAAGGCAGGAUAUCACCAGGAGCAGAGGUCCAAGCCCUCACCCAUCCUGUUUGUGGCCAACAUACCGUUCGAGGCGAGUGAGGAGAACAUCAGAGAGUUCUUCCAGGAUUAUGAUAUCGCCGAUGUGCGUAUGCCCUGGGACAAGUACAAAGACCAGCCCAAGGGUAUCGCCUAUGUUGACUUUGGAGACACAGCAACGGCAACUUCGGCCAUAGAAGCGCUUUCCGGGGUGCGCUGCCUGUCCCGUUGUCUUAAACUGGACUUUGCCCAGCCCAGAAACGAUGCCGGAGGGCCACCUCGAGGUGGUUCAUUUGGUGGAGACAGGGGUGGUUUUGGCGGCAGAGGGGGCCGGGGUGGUGGUUUCGGCGGGAGCAGAGGCGGUCGGGGUGGUGGUGCUGCGUUCUCUGGUAGAAAACAGCUGUUCUAAAAAUAGAUUGUAAGACCGGGCCGAGGCGCUGGGGUUCGCAACAGGGGGUGGCGGUGCUGGAUAUUCCGGUAGGAAAACAGCUGUGCUAAAAAUAGUGUGCGUGUGUCGCCGGGACGAUGUGUGUGGCACUGCGUUUUGGAUUGCUCAACACUCGUUCUGUGGUGUACAUGUCUCUGAAGAAGAAGAAAACAAACCGAGUGAUGUAGUGAUUCUGUAUAGAGUAUAGCACACACUCUGAAGUAUUUGGCAAUGGUUCUGGAGUGUGGGGCAGCUUGGUAUAAGUUGUUCAAUUCUUCCAGUGCAGUCGCAUGCUCGGCAUUAAAUUUGAGGACUGGACCAAGUGUCGUGAGAGGGGUUUUGGGGUAAGGUAGAAGAAGAGAGAAAUGGGGUGUAUUUAGAUGGCCAACAAGCCGUAGUAAUGUAUAUAAAAGAUGAAACCAUACUAUUAACAAGCCGUAUUUAUGUUUAUAAAAUAUGAAAGCAUG